CCUUUAGGGUCGUGGAUAGCAGCCCUCAAAUUUGUUAGAAGCUCCGGAGAAUUGAUUCAUGGUGGCGUCCGCAAGUACGGACCGUCUGGUAAAUCUUUCAAGAUAUCCACACCAGGACGGUGGGUUGUGGUGGCUACAAGCGAUUCCGUCCUUGACGAGUUGAAGAAUGCCGAUCCAAGCGUACUAUCGAUGCAAGCGGCGGCAAACGAACGCAACUCCAUAGGAUACACUCUUAGUAGCAGCAUUCACACCAACCCAUACCAUGUCGACAUAGUCCGGAAAGGUCUCUCUCAGCACCUGGCCAAGGUCGUGCCCGAUAUCGUGGAGAAGAUAUGUUGGGCCCUUUCUCGCGAGAAUCUCGACAUCGGCGACGAGUGGGCACGUAUCGAUAUCUACCACGCGAUGUUGAGCUGCAUCUCCGCGACGACGAACCGAGUUUUAGUCGGACCGCUGCUGUCCCGGGAUCCAGAGUACCUCAAGUGCCAGGUGGAACUAUCAGAGGCCGUAUCACGCGCAGGCCUCGUAAUUGACCUCGCGCCGCGCAUGCUCAAGGCUAUUCUCGCCUACUUCCUUGUGGCGAGAAGUUCGGCUCUUCGUAUCUUCCUCGCAAAGCUUGGACCCGCGUUUGAGGAGCGUCAGAGGAUGAUCAAGGAAUUGGCCGGGGAAGAGUGGAAGGAUAAACCGAACGACGGCAUCCAAUGGGUUCUCGAGGCUUCUCCUCCUGGAACUUCGGUGUACGAACUCUGUGCACGGAUCUUGUAUGUCGAUUUUUCGGCAAUCCACACGACAACCGUUAGCAUCAUCCAAGCUCUGUACGAUCUGGGUGCGCGACCAGAGUUCCAAGAUCCGAUCCGAGAUGAGAUUGAGAGUGUGCUUGUCGAAUGUGGAGGUUUCACUAAAGAAGCGUUGAUCAAAAUGAAGAAAUUAGACAGCGCUCUCAAGGAGACCCAGAGACUCGAACCAGUUACUACAGCAACUAUGAUGCGUAAAGCUCUCAAGCCGAUGACACUAUCCGACGGGACGUAUCUUCCCAAAGGUCAGUGGGUCGUUGCACCGGCUUGCGCAAUCAACCGCUCAACUCAGCACUAUGCCAAUCCGGACGAAUAUGACGCGUUUCGCUUUUCAAGGAUGAGGGAGGGCGAGGAGCCUGGCCACGAAGCAAAGCAUCAAUUGACUUGUCCCGAGAAAGGUUAUCUGUCUUUUGGGAGGGGAAAGCACGCAUGUCCCGGCCGUGCUUUUGCAGCUGCGCAACUGAAGGUGCUGCUGGCGUACAUGAUCUGCAAUUAUGAGUUUAGAACAUCUCCUGGAGAGGGUCGACCCCAGAGCGAGAAUUUCUCAUUCUCGUGUCUGCCGGACCUCAAGGCCCGGUUGUUGUUCAGGAAACGAGCUGAUGCCGAGGAAUUAUUUCUCAACUUGAAGAAGGUGGCGUGA